AUGAAUAAUUCAGUCACUCGUCUUCUUUUCAAACGACUGCUGACUCUUCAACUCUGCCACCACUUCGACAUCAUUCCGCAUCGAGACCAGUCAUUCGACUGCGUCCAAAUGCAACAGCCUCAAAACGAAACGGCCAAUAAUUUUAUACCUAGCAUUCAGCUCCUCUGGUCAACGGACCCUCCACAAAUUCGGCCAGAUGGUACAUACCCACAAGCUGUUGAGCUCUUCCCGUGUUUCAAGGAUAAAUGGAACACUAAAGAGGAAAUCCUCAACAUAAUCCUUGCCGCAAACGCUGAUCCAAAAUCGAAUUGUGUCACUGUUCAGUCUUCUCCAAGACCAUGCUCCAGCUCCCAAUUCAUCUACCCUCGUCUGGACAAUGCUUGGUACAAAAACGAUGGAUAUAUCUGGAAGAAGCGGACAAACGGAAAACAAAAUCGAGAGGAUCAUUUGAAUUUGAAGAUUAGUGGUCAUCCGCACAUCUCGGCAAAAUAUAUACAUUCGGCAAUUGUUCCAACGUUUCAUCGGAGAUCCUAUUCGGUGCCGGAUAGCGAUUGUCACGUACUGGUGCACUAUUUGAAUGUAAAAACCAACAAUAAAAUAGAUGAUCAAGCAGAAGAAAUUGCGAGAAGUAUGAUUGAAAAUAAAGUUUUCAUUUCACUGUCACAACUUCAUGAUCAACUUUCCCCAAUUUUUCUCCAAACUCUCAACGUCAAUCAACUAGUUGCCGAAAUAAAUGAGCAUUUGAAGAAGAAGGGUGUCAAUUUGCCAACAUCUCCAUUACCACAAGAGCCUUCUAGUUCUACAUCAAGAGAGCUCGAAAGACGAAAUUCGUGUAGUUCUGCAUUCCGGAAGGGUCUAUCGUCUGUCGCGUUGAGGAGACAACCAUCAGCGAAUAGUGAAAUUGAUGCAAAUCAUAUUGGAACAAUGCUAAAACGUUUUGGAUGCAACGGCUCAUCUUCUGACAGAAUCUCAAUUAUUCAACCCACAAUGCAAAACUUUCAAUCAAUACGAUCCCAUCAAAACCACGUUGCAAUGGAAAGUAGAUCACCAUCUGGAGAUGGAGAUUCUCGGCCGAUUACUUUCGAAGAAGACGCAUCCUAUCAACAGUUAUCAAUUAAAUCCUCUACAAAUGUAUCAACACCAGCAUCGGCGUUCGCUGAGAAGAUGAAGAUCCGCAGUGGAUCCCAGGAGUCGCCGAUGGGUCCACCGUCGUCUUCAUCGGUAACAUCCACAUCGUUGAUCCCGAUAAUUGAAAUGACGCCGAGUAGUUCAUCGUUGAAAGGUGGUCAGAAAAUGUUGGUAGUCGGUGGAUACUAUAGAAAAGGUCACGAAUACAAGAUUUCAUUCGGAAGAGGAAGAAUGAUGCCAGCUGUUCUCAUUCAUGCGGGAGUAUUGUCAUGUGUUAUUCCACCAUCGGCUAAGCCAGAAGUCGUGCAAAUAAGAGUGUUUUGUAAUGGACAGGCAAUAUCAACCGCGUCCGAAUUCACCUAUGAACCACAAUCAGCCCAUCUCAUCAAAGAGAAUGAUGAUACAUUGGUGCAAAUAUUUGAGAAAAUCCGAAUUAUGGCUUGCGCUUUCAAUGCAUAUUCGUCUAUUGAGAAUAUCCAAUCAUCAUCUUGUAUGGAGAGUCUCUUGGCAAAUAUUGUUCAACAAAUCGACAAUGAAGUUAGCUCACAGAACCUGAAUUAUAAAACUGAGCUACUCAAUGGUUCUGCGCAUUUUCCCUCAAAAACUGUUCUCCAUCUUGUUGCCUCACUGGACUAUGAUCGUCUUUUUGAAGCUUUAAUUGAUCUUAGUCGGAAGGUUCCAGCUUGUCGAGAAUUUGAUAUUUUUGCGAGGGAUAAUGAUGGAUCAACACCUCUGCAUACUGCAUGCAAGAAUUCAGCAUCUCGAAUAGCUCGAUUAAUUAUUUCAAUUGAUUCUUCGGCUAUUGAUGUGGUUGAUGAUCGAGGGAGGACUCCAGUGGAGGUGGCACCGGAGCAUUCUAUUGAUAUGCUUUCUGAUAAAAACAACGAGGAGGAGCGAGUAAACGCAACAGAACUCUGGGUCAUGACAAACGGCAAAGCAUUCACCACUGACAAAAUUUUGGAUGGCAAAAUUUCCCGAGCCCCAAUAGCUGAGAAACCCGAUGACCUCCUACGAGAAGCCACUUCCAGCUACUCGAUAAUGUCUGAAAUGUACGAGGGACCGAUGCUUCAAGCUGGAACAUCUCGAGAAUGUGAUGAAGACUGUGAAUCAUGUUGUGAUCCAGAUUCUACUCAACAGCUACACGUGGAAAUCGCAAUGGACACAGACGUCCAUGUUCCGGAUUCUCCAAAAAUGGCAAGGCUAUUCCAUGCAGUUACAAGUCCUGGAAUUGUGGUGCCACCUAAUGCAAGAGCUCGGAUGGCAGAUUUGGCUCGGCAGAUCAUUGAAGCAUUGCCAGAUAGAAUCAAGAGGAAUUCAGAAGUUUCUAUGUGUCCUGAUGAAGAAGAUCCCGGACAGAAUCACCAUGGCGGAGUUGAGCCGAUGUUCUAUCAACAGGCGAGCUGCUCAAUGUCUACUGAUUCUCCAAAUAUGAUGGAUGAUUAUUUUGAUAUGAUGGCUACGGAGACUAGAAAUGAUAUAUUCACGGAGCCCCGUUCAACAGAAACCACCGAAACAAGUGCGAGCAAAUCUGCACAGUUGUUCGCCACACACUGCAAUUUCUUUGACGAUCGUUCAUUUGCGUCGUCGUCGACAAGAGCAAACACGUUCGAAAGUGAUACACUGGACUUUGACAAAGACCUCGGCGAGUUCUUCACAAUCCAUGUGGAUCGAUUCGUCGACCCAAUCCAGCAACGUCUUGCAAACUUAAAAUACAACGACGAUGAACAACGAGACGUCUACGAAGCAGCAAUGGUCAUCCAACGAGCCUAUCGAGUCUACCGUGCUCGGAGCACAACUCGUCGUCAGGAGGACAUUGAACGACGGGCUGCGUUGAAGAUUCAGGGAUGCUAUAGAAGAUACAAACAAUUUUGCUAUUUCAAGAAGCUUCACAAUGCCGCAAUUGUUGUGCAGAAGCAUUUUAGAAUGAGAAAGCGCGACGACAAAGAAGAAGGAGCUGUUGAAGCAGUUAUCGCCAGUGUCCCAGAACAUCCGACUCUUGACGGACAAUCCAUUUGCAUUCAAGUCCCGAAGACCAAUUCGACUAUGCUCCGCGAAAGAGCCGCCACCACGAUUCAAGUCGCCUACCGUUAUAGACACCGAAAACGUCAAGCCGCCGCCAGGAAGAUCCAGAAUUUUAUGCGACAAAAUCGUAAUAAUGUAAAUAUUGAUGAUGGUCAUACUCAACAUCUAAUUGCGGAAAAUGCAUGCGCUAAACGAAGACGGUACGUCGCCUGCCCGCAAACCAGCGGAGAUCAACGCAACAAACGAGAUUCUGAUGGUGAACGGAAAAGAGAUGCUCACCACGAUGCCCCAGAAUUCAUUCCGAUCGGUGCAACACCAUCCUCAACAACAAUUCCACAUCGACCAACACAACGUCAUCAUCCAUGGGACCAAUUGAAACCGCCGUAUGGUUGCGGAACACUUGCAUAAUUGCCCCGGUGUCACUUUUAGAAGAUGCCGAUUUUUUUUAUUGGUUUUCCCACUUUUUAUUCAAUGUUUCCCACCACCAUUCACAUACGAGUUUUGUAUAGUUGUAAGUCAACACAAACCUGUCUAAAAACUUGGAUAAUAUAUCCAUCUGAACCUAUACAAUGAUUUUUAUAAUGAAAAGAAUUUGAAUACGUGCAUAAAGUAUUUAAUAUUAAU